UUGUGGGCUCGCCGCGUAUCUUGAACCAUACAUCUCUGGCAUCUGCACAUGCCUGAAAUCACGGUAGCCGAGGACAUAAGAGCGCCUACGACCAGUGAGGAGCUUAUUUCCAUUCUCCGUCGACUGCCCUUUCUCGAGCGAUUUUCGUUGCCCUGCCUGCCAGCAAUAGCGAGUGGAGACCUUGGAUAAAUCAAUGUGAUGAUGGCUCAUCUUCAACAUCUAUCGCUUCCAACAUCAUCUACCAUUCUUGCUGGUCUCAUGUUACCGGCGCUCACGACCUUGAAUCUGAGAGGUAUUUUUGUCGAUACUGUCAUCUCGCAUAUUCAUCGCUCUCGGUCAACGAUUCCGGAGACACCCCUCUCCUCGGAUGACAUUGUUGAGGUGGAUUGCGCCCGGCUGCUCAGCGAACUCUCGGCUCUUGAGGUUGCCGCAGUAUUCAUAGAAUACGCUCAUACGCCAACGUUCAUUAAGGGACUGUUCGAGGCGUCGGAUCGUUUCACGGCACUACACAUCCUCACGUUAAAGGGAAUAGGAGCUGUUGAUUGUUGAUACAGCCCGUUUUGUUCCUGUCAAAGAUGCACACCCUGGUAUUGUUAUAAAUUUUAGUGUCUUUCUUGAUAGCACAGUGGCUAGAUGCGAAUGGCUACACAUCGACCUUAUCUGCCACCACAAUUUCCGUCUAUCACUACCAAAUGGCUUCUGUACCUCAG